GCCUGGCCUAUAAAAGCCGCGAAAGCUCUGACAUGCACUCAUUCUCAGUGUCAGUGACUAGCUGCUAACAAGCAAGGAGGUUUGAAAGACAGGAAUCUGCGAAAGCGCACAAGAUUCAAGAUGAAGUCCCUUGUUGUGUAUGGAUUGCUGAUGUUCUGUCGGGCCCUAACAAUGGCCAUGCCCCCUCCGGCUGACUUCGACCCACACCAAUUGCCCGUCGACCAUUUGUGGGAUGAGCCACUCAGUGUUCCGGUGGAUCACGUGGAGGAAAUCGCACCCGCACCCUUAGCCUUCCAAGCGGACAUCCUCACGCAACAGGAGAUCUUCACAGUUUCUCAGAACAGCAUGUCCGAUGACGUCACUGUGCUGAUGGAUGCCAAAAGGGGCAUUACAGUGUACAAGGACGACACCCAGCAGGUGUGCCUACUGAGUAACCUGUACGAAAACCUGAUGCCCACCGAGUCUGCUGACGUCACCGGAUGGAAAAUAAAGUUGCUGCUGGACGGAGAAGAAGAGGCAGAUUUCCUAGACAGCCUGGACGCCAGCGAGCGGCAGCGCUAUGUCGUCAUGAACGUGCUGGGAAACGUCAGCGAGGAGACCGCGGAGGAGCUCGGGGACGAGAUCGGCGAGCUGUGCGGUGACUACCCCGGGCUCGAGAUCGCCCCCGCCUACGGCAAUACCCAGGGCGGCCGCCAGAGGCGCGUUGUGCCCUUACUUGUGCGUGUGGCUGUUGUUGUCGGCAGCUCUCUGCUUCUCAAGGGGGAUACACGCCAAUAAUUCUUAGUUUCAUUCAGUGAUUCGUUAUAUAAAUCUAUCAGCGCCUUUGUUUAAGCAUUAGAAAAUCUACUCGUACUUUACUUUGCUAUGAAUCUUUUUUCUAGGACUUUCCAUCAAAACAGGUGUCCGAAACAGAAGAACAGUGACGAAAAGAUGAUGAAUCGUACGCACGAUAUAACCACCGUGACACCGUCUUGUCUAUAUAUCUCAAGUGCAAUAGAAUUGAGCUGCUAAACACGAACUUUAAUGGAAAUGAACUAACAUAUCUCUUGACGAAGUUAAGAUGGGAAUCAGUUGUCAUUUAUUUUACUAUUCUUAAUAGUUCCCAAGUGCUUGGUGAUUUCAAUGGCUGUAUCUCUAGUUUAUGGUGUACAAAGUUUAUUUUUUGAAACGGCUGUGAAUAAAGAAGUCAAUGGAA